AUGGUCAACUCCUGUUGUGGCUCCAGCUGCUGCCAGCCUUGUUGCUGCCCCACCUGCUGCAGGACCACCUGCUGCAGGACCACCUGCUGCCGCCCCACCUGCUGUGUGUCCAGCUGCUGCCACCCCUGUUGCGGGGGAUCCAGCUGCUGUGGCUCCAGCUGCUGCCAGCCUUGCUGCCGCCCCACCUGCUGCCAGACCACCUGCUGCAGGACCACUUGCUGCCGCCCCAGCUGCUGUGGUUCCAGCUGCUGUGGUUCCAGCUGCUACCGCCCCAGCUGCUGCAUCUCUAGCUGCUGCCGCCCCUGCUGCGGGGGUUCCAGCUGCUGUGGCUCCAGCUGCUGCCAGCCUUGCUGCCGCCCCACCUGCUGCCAGACCACCUGCUGCCGGACCACCUGCUGCCGCCCCACCUGCUGUGUGUCCAGCUGCUGCCGCCCCUGCUGUGGGGGCUCCAGCGGCUGUGGCUCGAAUUGCUGUGGCUCCAGCUGCUGCCAGCCUUGCUGCCGCCCCACCUGCUGCCAGACCACCUGCUGCCGGACCACCUGCUGCCGCCCCACCUGCUGUGUGUCCAGCUGCUGCCGCCCCACUUGCUGCCGCCCCACCUGCUGCCAGACCACCUGCUGCCGGCCCACCUGCUGUGUGUCCAGCUGCUGCCGCCCCUCCUGCUGUGGCUCCAGCUGCUGUGGCUCCAGCUGCUGCAGGCCCAGCUGCUGCAUCUCUAGCUGCUGCCGCCCCACCUGCUGCCAGACCACCUGCUGCAGGCCCAGCUGCUGCCGCCCCUCCUGCUGUGGCUCCAGCUGCUGUGGCUCCAGCUGCUGCCGCCCCUCCUGCUGCAUUUCUAGCUGCUGCCGCCCCUCUUGCUGCCGCCCCAGCUGCUGUGGCUCCAGCUGCUGCCGCCCCUCCUGCUGCAUUUCUAGCUGCUGCCGCCCCUCUUGCUGUGGUUCCAACUGCUGUGGCUCCAGCUGCUGUGGCUCCAGCUGCUGCCGCCCCUCCUGCUGCCCCUCCUGCUGCCUGCGCCCAGUCUGUGGCCGGGUCUCCUGCCACACCACUUGCUAUCGCCCCACCUGUGUCAUCUCCACCUGCCCCCGCCCCAUGUGCUGUGCCUCCUCUUGCUGCUGA